AUGAACUACUUCUGCCACAGAUGUGCCAGUAUUGCCACGAGUAGUAAUCGUUUUUGAUAUAUAUAGUUCCAGACAGGAAAGACUUCUUCUAUGAUUAAAAUCCAGCACUGGAAAGAUUUUUCUUAAAAACGGGCGGUUGAAUACGCUUGUGAGUAACAAAAUUAUUUGUCAUUAGGGGAAAUAUAAAUGCGGAAUAUUGUCACUAGGUCGAAAGAUGAUCUAGUAAGAAAAUUAGAAACCCACUUCCGUUUAAUGUAAAAAGGGGAAAAGUCUUUAAUAAAACAUUCCUAGUUUUAUUAAUAAUUAAAUAUCAAUAUGGCUAUGUCGAAAGUAAUACGUGUUUUGGAGAAAUCCAUUGCGCCUUCACCGCAUAGCGUAUUACUGGAACAUCGGAAUAAAAAUGAUAGCAUACUCUUUGAGUCACAUGCUGUGGCUUUGUUAACGUCACAAGAAACCGAAGUUAUACGUAAACAGUAUUCUAAAGUAUGUGAUGCUUAUGGUUGCUUGGGAGUUCUUCAAUUGAAUGCUGGCGAAAGUACUGUGCUCUUUCUAGUGCUGGUCACUGGUUGUGUGUCGAUGGGAAAAAUUGGUGAUGUAGAAAUUUUUCGCAUCACACAAACCCAAUUCGUAUCAUUGCAGAAUGCAGCACCUAAUGAGGAUAAAAUUUCGGAAGUUCGAAAACUACUUAACUCGGGAACAUUUUAUUUUGCUCACACAAAUACUAGUUCAAUAAGUAUUAGUAAAUUUGACAUUACAUUAUGUGCUCAGCGUCGUUAUCAAACUGAUGAAACGGAUAAUCGUUUUUUCUGGAAUCGUAUGAUGCAUAUACAUAUGUUGCGUUACGGUAUAGAUUGUCAGGCUUGGUUGAUAAAAACUAUGUGUGGUUCGGUUGAAGUUCGGACGGUAUAUAUCGGUGCAAAGCAAGCAAGAGCAGCAAUUAUAUCACGUUUAAGUUGUGAACGUGCUGGUACACGGUUUAAUGUAAGAGGUACUAAUGAUGAAGGACAUGUAGCAAAUUUUGUGGAAACGGAGCAAGUAAUUUAUGUUGAUAAUGAGGUUACUAGUUACGUACAAACUCGUGGUUCAGUACCGCUCUUUUGGGAACAGCCUGGAGUUCAAGUGGGUUCCCAUAAAGUUAAGUUAUCGCGCGGAUUUGAGGCUUCUGCCGCUGCUUUUGAUCGUCAUAUGUCUAUGAUGAAACAACGCUACGGUUACCAAACUAUUAUAAAUUUAUUAGGCACUUCACUUAUUGGCAGCAAAGAAGGAGAAGCUAUGCUUAGCAAUGAGUUUCAGCGGCAUCAUGGUAUGUCGGCACAUAAAGAUGUACCACACAUUAUAUUCGACUACCAUCAGGAAUGCAGAGGUGGUAAUUUUUCUGCUUUAUCCAAACUAAAGGAACGUUUAAAUGCAUCCGGUGUUAAUUACGGCAUUUUCUACGCAUGUAACGAUGAAGUGGUACGUGAGCAAUUUGGUGUUAUACGAACAAACUGCUUGGAUUGCUUAGACCGCACAAACUGUGUGCAAACGUAUUUAGGUUUGGAUACAUUAAAUCAACAAAUAAUAGCUUUGAAACUGGGUGAGAAGAAACAGAAUUUUUCUCGUUUUGAAGAAAUUUUUCGGCAAAUGUGGAUAAAUAAUGGUAAUGAAGUAAGUAAAAUAUAUGCGGGUACGGGUGCGAUCCAGGGUGGUUCAAAACUAAUGGAUGGCGCACGUUCAGCUGCGCGGACUAUACAAAACAAUUUAUUGGACAACUCAAAACAGGAAGCAAUUGACAUUUUGCUAGUGGGCUCAACACUAAGUUCAGAGUUAGCGGAUCGUGCUCGAAUACUAUUGCCUUCAAAUAUGUUACAUGCACCUACGACAGUAUUACGUGAAAUGUGUAAACGAUAUACUGAGUACAUAAAACCGAAAACAGCUCGAAUUGCAGUAGGCACUUACAACGUAAAUGGCGGGAAGCAUUUCCGUAGUAUCGUUUUUAAGGAUUCUUUAUCAGAUUGGCUGUUGGAUUCGCAUGCACUGGCACGCUCAAAAGCUUUAGUUGAUGUCAAUAAUCCAUCCGAGAAUGCUGGUCAUCCCGUGGAUAUUUAUGCUAUAGGUUUUCAGGAAAUUGUUGAUCUUAAUGCUUCAAAUAUUGUUGCAGCAAGUACAGAUAAUGCAAAAUUAUGGGCUGAGGAAUUGCAGAAAACUAUAUCUCGAGAUAACGAUUAUGUAUUGCUGACUUACCAACAACUCGUAGGCGUGUGUCUCUACAUAUAUGUACGUCCAGAGCAUGCACCACAUAUACGUGAUGUAGCUAUCGAUUGUGUUAAGACGGGCUUAGGCGGAGCAACUGGUAACAAAGGUGCUUGCGCUAUACGUUUUGUGUUACAUGGUACAUCGAUAUGUUUCGUUUGUGCACAUUUCGCUGCUGGACAAUCUCAGGUGGCUGAGCGUAAUGCUGAUUAUGCAGAGAUAACUAGAAAAUUAGCUUUUCCAAUGGGGCGAACGCUUAAAUCACAUGAUUGGGUGUUUUGGUGUGGUGACUUUAAUUAUCGAAUUGAUAUGGAUAAGGAAGAAUUAAAAGAAGCAGUUCGCAAUGGUGAUUUGGCAGCAGUUUUGGAAAAUGAGCAAUUAAGAAAAGAGCAAGAAGCAAACAAUGUUUUCAGUGAUUUUCUGGAAGGUGAAAUAUCUUUUGAUCCAACUUACAAAUAUGAUUUGUUUAGUGAAGAUUAUGAUACAUCUGAAAAGCAACGUGCACCAGCCUGGACAGAUAGAGUUUUAUGGAGACGUCGAAAAGCAUUAGCAGAAUCUGAUUUUAUAGCUACCGAAUGGAAUCCGGGAAAGUUAAUACAUUAUGGUCGUUCAGAACUUAAACAAAGCGAUCAUCGUCCAGUAAUUGCAAUUAUUGAUGCUGAAAUUGUAGAAAUUGAACAGCAACGUCGUCGUGAAGUUUUCGAAGAAGUUAUAAAAGAUUUGGGCCCACCGGAUUCGACAAUCGUGGUACAUGUAAUCGAAGCUUCUGCGGAUGAAGACGGACCCACAAUUUAUGAUGAAAAUGUUAUGUCAACUUUAAUACAGGAAUUAUCUAAAAUGGGUGAAGUAACACUUGUACGUUAUGUCGAAGACACAAUGUGGGUUACAUUCCGUGAUGGUGAAUCGGCUCUGAAUGCUGUUGCUAAACGUCAAACUAAUAUUUGCGGUUUGGAAUUGCAUUUUGAAUUAAAAUCUGAAGAUUGGCAGCAUUUAGUUGAUAAUGAAAUCGAAUUAUGUACGACUAACACUAUUGCACUGUGUGCAAAUCCCCAGGAACAAGCACAAUUAAUUAACGUUACACCUGAAAUACCGCAAAGACCAAAGCAGCCACCAGCACGUCCUGCACCGGCCCGACCACCUAUGCCUAUGUCACCGAAAAAUUCACCACGACAUUUACCACAUGUUGGUGUUAUUAGUGUGGUGCCGGAAAUGUUACAGAAACCUGCUAAGCCCCCUAUGCCACCACAACCAAUGCAGCAACCACUUCAGCCUAUACAAGUAGCGCCCCAGCGUCCAGCAGCUAUAAGUGCAUUGGCUAAUAGUGGAGAAAACACUCCUUCAUCUAAAUCUCAAACGCCUACUGAACAACAGUCGCCGUUACAUUCAUCAUCUGGUAAAGGGUCGCCGGUUGGAUCCGGUUCAGGAGGUGGAGGCUCUGUACCACCUACGCCUCCACGACAAACGCAAAGUAAAAAUGUAACACCAGUUUCAACGCCUUUACAUCAGUCUAAACAAGCAUCUGCAGAUUUGGGAGAUAAUUAUGAUUUAACAAGCAAUAUUUAUGAAGAAAUACAAGAUGAUAUGCCGGCUCCAAGGCAUCCACCGCCACCUUUUCCACCGGCAAUGUGUACAGACAAUGCUAAUAAUAUAGAAAGUCCACGUCGAGCUGUAACAGUACCGAAUGGAGCACCAAUGGGUCCACCGCCACCGUUACCUGCCAGACGUGGGCCACCUCCUAUACCUAAUCGUAGCAGCAAUGCACCACCUCUACCGAAUAGGCCAAAUAAUUACUAAAGCAAAUCAAAUUGUAGCGAAAAUAAUUAUUACUAUGAAACUACAAAAGAGUACUUAAAUAGACUACAAAGAUCUGCUUUACUCAACACUAUUAGGCCAAUAAUAAUGCAUAUGGCAAUAUAGCUUUAUCACAUAACGAGCAUUCCAAACAAUUAAUUAUAAUUUUUAAAUCAAUAUAUGUAUAUAUAUAACGAAAGU